CGUAUUCAAAUGAGGACCCGCGCACGUUGCCAUGGGGCCCAGGCCGCAACCCCGCAGCCGGAAGAACAGCCUGGAGUAGGAGACAGCGCCUGGCGGCGGAGGGCGCCCAGGGCCGAGCUGCCAGGGCCGGACACCUGGGCUGAGCCCUCAGACCAGACCACUGAGGCACCCGGAGCCUGAGCCGCUGCCCUGCUCCAACACUCCCGCCCACCACCUCUGUCAACGGCUGGCCAACUUGCCUGGCGCAGGGGCAGCUGUAGACAGGAUGGAGAGGAUACAUCUUCAGUGUCCAAAUGUGGUCAACAGAUGAAAGCCACGGCCAGAAAGUUCUAAGUGGCUACAUGUGCAUCUGCCUGCUCACGGAUUCCUUCGACAAAUAUUUGAACGUCCCCUCCUGCGACUGUGGAUAGCAGAGGAGCACCCAGGCCACGUGCAGGCCACGUGCAGCCCACAGCACUGGGGCGAGGCAGGCCCUCAAGCUAACACGUAUAUAGACGGGGUUUCACCCUGUUAGCCAGGAUGGUCUCCAUCUCCUGACCUCGUGAUCUGCCUGCCUCGGCUUCCCAGAGUGCUGGGAUUACAGACGUGAACCACUGCGCCCUGCCAGACGUCUGCAUCUUUAAGGGACAACACCAGCAGGUUACGUGUGAAUGGACCCAGGCUGGGACAGAUCCCGUGGGCCUCGGCCGAGCACCUCCAGCUUCCGGGUGCGGGAGCUGAGCUGGCAAGGCCUGCACAACCCCUGCCCACAGAGCAAGGGCCCUGGCAGCCAGAGGGACAGCCUUGGAGAGCAGCUGGUGGAAGAGUACCUGUCCCCUGCCCGACUGCAGGCCCUGGCCCGGGUGGAUGACCUUCGGCUGGUGAGGGUGCUGGAGAUGUGUGUGGACACCCGUGAGGGCAGCCUGGGGAACUUUGGGGUGCACCUGCCCAUCCUGGACCAACUGAAGCUGAACGGCAGCCACUUGGGCUCCCUCAGGGACCUGGGCACAUCUCUGGACCACCUGCGGGUGCUGUGGCUGGCUCGCUGUGGCCUCACUGACCUGGACGGCAUUGCCUCUUUGCCAGCACUUAAGGAACUCUACGCCUCCUACAACAACAUCUCGGACUUGAGCCCGCUGUGCCUGCUGGAGCAAUUGGAGGUGCUGGACCUGGAGGGCAACAGCGUGGAGGACCUGGGGCAGGUGCGCUACUUGCAGCUGUGCCCACGCCUGACCACGCUUACCCUGGAGGGCAACCUGGUGUGCCUACAGCCGGCCCCCGGCCCCACCAACAAGGUGCCCAGGGGCUACAACUACAGGGCAGAGGUGAGGAAGCUCAUCCCCCAGCUGCAGGUCCUGGACGAAGUGCCGGCUGCACACACAGGCCCACCGGCCCCGCCGAGGCUGAGCCAAGACUGGCUUUCGGUGAAGGACGCCAUCAAGAAGGGCAACGGCCUCCCCUGGCUGGACUGUCCCCAUGGAGCCCCCAUCCGGAGACUCGACCCCGAGCUGUACCUGCCUGAGACGCAGCCCCGGGCCCCCAGGCCCUGGCCCUUCUCCCUGCUGGUCCAUGGGGGCCCCCUGCCUGAAGGCCUGCUUUCUGAGGACCUGGCCCCAGAAGAUAACACCAGCAGCCUCACCCAUGGUGCUGGCCAAGUCCUGUGUGGGAACCCCACCAAGGGCCUGCGGGAGCGUAGGCAUCAGUGCCAGGCCAGGGAGCCCGCGGAGCAGCUGCCCCAGCACAGGCCAGGAGAUCUGGCCGCCAGCACUUCCUCCCCAGAGCCUGACUCUGCAGACAGCUCUGACUUUCUGGCCUUGGCUGGGCUUAGGGCCUGGAGGGAACUUGGCGUGCGCCCCCUCCCCUAUAGGCACCCGGAGUCCCAACAGGAAGGGGCUGUAGCCCCCUGGGGCCCACGGAGGGUCCCUGAAGAGCAAGUGCACCAGGCAGAACCCAAGACUCCCCCCAGCCCCCCGAGCCUGGCCUCAGAGCCCUCCAGGACCUCGAGCCAGCACCUGGUCCCUUCCCCUCCCAAGCACCCAAAGCCACGAGAUUCUGGCAGGAGCUCCCCACGGUGGUCGACAGACCUGCAGUCCAGGGGGCGUCGGCUCCGAGCCCUGGGCAGCUGGGGGCCUGGCCUGGGUGAUGGGGUGGCUGCAGUGCCUGUCCUGAGAGCCCUGGAGGUGGCUUCGGGCCUGACCCCUCGAGCCCAGGGACAUCCUGGCCCACAGCCAGCACCAGAUGCAGCAGCCAGACCUCCCAGGGCAGCUGAACUGUCUCACCCCAGCCCCGUCCCCACUUAGUGUAGCCCCCACUGCAAGUUCGCCUGUGCUGGGGCCAUGACCUGCCCACAUAUGUGGUCUCGGAGCACAGAACAUCUGGGCGGGUGUGUUGGGGGGUGGAAGGAGUGCCUGGCCCUGGGGAGGACCCUCUUGGUGGAGGGGAGUGGGGGACUGGAACCAGCCAGGAAGGCAGCAGAGGCUGGAACCGUUUAGGCCCACAACUGGGUUUGGCCUGGGGAGGGAGGGUCCCGCUCCCCAGCCCUUCCUUAGGGCCAGGCUUUCCCUCUGGCACGGAGGUGGGGGGACUGGUCACCCGGCAGGCCUGUCAGAGGCCUCUCCUGCUACAGUUGGGCAUGGCCCAGGGGCAGGGGCUGGAGCUGCGAGUCCAGUCUGCCACCCCCUUGCUGGACCCAGGGUAAGAGCCACCUCCUAGGCCGCUGUGGCCCAGGGUUCCAGCUGCUCGCCCCGAGGCCGCUGGAGGUGCGUCCCAGGCCUCCCGUCUCCUGGGAUCUGUAGGACUCCCGCGCCCACCGCAAUAAGGCGGCCCGUUCCCUCCUCUUGGCGCAGGACGCCCCGAACCCAAGCGCAACUAUUUUCAACUCUCAGGUGUACAGAAAUGCGGUUUACUUUGUAGGCCACGUUGGUUCAAUAAAUGAUGCAGUGGACACA